CAAAAAGAAAGAGAAAGACUUCCGCGUAACUCCACUGUAUCUGUAAAGAUGGCGGACACGUGUGGACAGGUAUUGCUGGGAUCAGGGCUCACCGUCCUCUCCCACCCUCUGAUGUACAUCAAAGUCCUGAUCCAGGUUGGACACGAGCCGCUCGCUCCCUCUCUGGGCCGGAACCUGUUCGGCAGACAAGUCUACCAGCUGCCCGGCCUAUUUGCUUACGCCAAACACAUCAUCAAGAUCGAUGGAAAAGCGGGUCUCUUCAAAGGGCUCGGCCCGAGGCUGUGCGCCGGCUCCAUCGGCACCAUUGUUCACAGCAAUGUUGUGCAGAAAUGUCAAGAACACGGCACGCUUCAGGUGCUGGGAGGCCAGCAGAAGGCUGCAGAGGGCUCCCUACAGCACGUCGUUAACGAGACAGCCAAAGAGAUGAUAGCCCGCUCCUGCGCCACCAUUGUCACACAUCCCUUUCAUGUGAUUACUUUGCGAUGUAUGGUCCAGUUUAUUGGGAGGGAAACAAAAUACAGCGGGGUGUUUGACUCCGUAGUCACGGUCUACAAAGAAGAAGGAUUACUGGGCUUCUUUGCGGGUCUGAUUCCUCGCUUGCUCGGUGACGUCCUGUCUCUGUGGAUUUGUAACCUGCUGGCUCACGUCAUCAAUACAUACGCCAUCGAUGACUCGAUGAGUCACACAGGGGAAAUCAAGAACUGCUCUCAGGCUGUGACCGGGUUCUUUGCGAGUAUGCUCACGUACCCUUUCGUUUUGGUGUCGAACCUCAUGGCUGUCAAUAACUGCGGGCUCGCCGGGGGCCUGCCUCCCUAUGUGUCUGUAUGUCCCACCUGGGUGGACUGCUGGAGGCAUCUAAGCAGAGAGGGCAACAUGAGCAGAGGCAACAGUCUAUUUUUCCGGAAGCUUCCGGCAGGGAAGGUCUACGCCGUUGACCAGAACAGAUUUUUUUAAAAAGCCUCAAGAGAACUGAGCUGAACAUAGUUGUGAUAAUGAAACAAAAAUCAACAUUGCCUGAUCUAGAGGUUGGACAGCUGGCACUUAAUCUUGUUUUUCAUGCAUUUGUUUACUAUUUUAUUUCUCAACCUGCCAUCAUGUGGAAUAAAAACACAUUCAUUUCUAGCAGGUUUGGUUUUAUUAACAGGUGGAAACUGCAGGGCUGUAAAAUAAAUAAUCCUCUUGAAAUUGUACUAAAUCUGAAGGGAGGAUGGUUCAUGCUGUCAACGCUGUCCAAGUAGAGACAGCGCCCCCUCCCUCCAUGUGUUUUCUUUAGAGUACGGACAAUGGCUCCCAUUCAUCCAGCGUGAUGGGAUUUGUUUUUGUGGAAAAGCGCACCUCAGUCUGCAUGUGGUAAUGUCUAAUAAUUCACAAGUUGGUGACCAAGUGGGACCCCCCCCCCCCUCCUCCCCAUCGUGUAAUAGUGUCUCGAUGUGUUAAUGACAGCUCGCUGCUCAGCGGGAGAGAGUUCUAAGGAUGGUUGUUCGGGAGCAUGUUUUGGAUGUAAGGAGGCAUGGAGUCAGCACCCUCUUUGGGCUGUGAGCAGCCCAGUGCUUGUAUCAACUCAAAUAAUAAAAUAAAAAAGCUUUUCUAAUUGUCA